UCAUUCAACCACACACCACAGCCUCCACGUCCGGCUAUAAAACUCCUCUGACGGUCUUCCUUUGUCAUUCUCUGGGUCUGUCUGUCUCUUCUGAUUUCACUUCUCUGCUCAGCCAUGUCGGAGGCAGAAGAGGAAUACGAGGAUCAGACUGAAGAAGUCGAGGAGGAGGAGGCGGAGCCUGAGCCAGAGGAGGAGACUGAGGUUGUGGUAGAGGAAGAAGAGCAGACAGAGUACCAAGAUCAAGAUGCUCCGGAAGAAGAGGAGGAACGUCCGAAACCCAAACCCAUGGUGCCCCAACUCGCACCUCCAAAGAUUCCUGAGGGAGACAGGGUGGAUUUUGACGACAUCCACCGGAAGCGCAUGGAGAAGGACAUGCUGGAGCUCCACACUCUGAUUGAUGCGCAUUUUGAGCAGAGAAAGAAGGAAGAGGAGGAGCUUAUUUACCUCAAGGAGCGAAUUGAGCGCCGGCGGUCUGAGAGAGCCGAGAUCCAGAGGGUUAGAGCUGAGAAGGAGAAGGACCGACAGCACAGGAUUGCGGAGGAGCGUCUGAGGAAAGAGGAGGAGGAGGCCAAGAAGAAGGCAGACGACGAUGCCAAGAAGAAGAAAGUGCUGUCCAACAUGGGGGCAAACUUCGGAGGCUUCCUUGCUAAGGUUGAGUCGAGGAAAGGCAAACGCAUGACAGCCAGAGAAAUCAAGAAGAAAACUCUGAUUGAAAGACGGCAACCUCUAGGUAUUGAAAACCUAAGGGAGGAUGCUCUGAAGAAACGGGCUCAGGACAUGUGGAACUGGAUUUACCAGCUGGAAUCAGAAAAGUUUGACUACAUGGAGCACAUGAAACACCAGAAAUAUGAGAUCACUGUGUUGCUGAACAGAAUCCAGCAUGCUCAGAAAUUUAAAAAAGGCCAUGGCAAAGCAAAAGUGGGCGGUCGCUGGAAAUAAACGCUGAGGAUGUCAGAAAGAGAAGAAACAUUUCUGCCCCAUGAUCUUAGCUUCCUCUUUGCAGGCAAUUUUAGUGGGUGAAGAAGACUACUUCAAAAUAAAUAUUGAUAAUAAAAUGUUCAGCCACUAA